CCCAACGGGCACAGGGCUGUGGCCGGCUGAGCGCCUGCGCGCUCUACUGCCACACAGCGGCCGGGCGGAGUUCGUACAUCACCGCCGCGGCUCUCGCUGCAUUGUUAUCGGGGGAAAGGCUGCACCCUGUAAGCCAGCAGUGCCAGGCCCCGCCGCCAUCUUACUGCGCUCUCGUUGCUCCGAAAAAGAAACGACUGACCGACUAGCGUCUCGAAUCCUCCAGCUUUUGCUUUUCCUUUGCUGUUUUUGCGGGCGGAUAAAUCGAAGUGACCCCUGGUAGAGUCGAUUUAAGGGCUAGCUCGAGCGGGGCUCCGCCUUUGCCCGUGUGCGUGUUGGCGGGCGGACCGACCGACCAACAGACUGUCUGAAGCUGUGGCUGCUUUGGCCGAGGCCGGGGCCCGGCUCGGGCUCCCUCACGUGCGUGGGAUUUGGACAAAGGAGAGAACUACAAGGGAACCAUUCAAAGCAUUUGAAACUGAAGGCUAGCAGCAGGAGGAGGGAGUGGAGCUGGCCUCUGUGGUUGGAGAGGCCAGUGUGUCUGGGUCUCAGCGCUGCAUGGCUGCGAUGGCGCCCGCUCUCACAGAAGCGGCAACUGAAGCUCACCAUAGAUUCAAGCUGGCGGCGCCAUCUUCCUCCCUCUCUCCAUCAGGCACAACGGACCGUGACAACAGCAAUUCCCUUAACAAUUCGAAAAGGAAAGCCUUUGCAGACGACCACAGUCGCGAUUUUCGGAAUAACUCCCGGAGUGAAGAUCACUGCAAAUUGGUAUCCCCGUACCGCUGUCUUGAUGCAGCAUCUCGUCCACCUCCUCCCCCAGAAUCAGUGAAACUACAAGGAUCUUUCAGCAAGCACGCAGUCAUCAAGUCUCAUACCAUACUGUCGCAUUCAUUAUUGGACACAGGUGUGAUUAGGGCAGAACUGAUUGACGGGCAACCUGCCUUGGAAUUUUCUCCUAGCCUUUUGAAAACAAUGAGUGCAAGUAGUAACCAGCCUUCACUGCCCUCACCCCCACAACCACCAGUCAAUGGCUUGGCCAAGAAGCCUGCUGUUAAUAUACGCUCAGAUUCUGAUCUGAAUAGUGCCGAAAUUGUGGGAAAGGCAGUUUCCCCAGGACUGCCACACAUUGGGUCCAACCAAGUAGAAGAUUCGAGCAAAUUGGCUUUGAAUAGCAAUAUAACAACAGGGCAAGUGGCAGGAGAACAAAACACUUCGGAAGAAUUAAACCCUAUAACAGAGGAUUUAUCCAAAUCUGGGGCCAUCAGACACCCAAAAUUUGGAGAAAAUGGUAUUGUUAAUACUGAGCCUUUAUUUUCAACAGGAGGCUCAGUAAGUGCAGUUUCUGCUAAUUCUGAUGAGUGCAAGUCUUUUGCCUCAAAACCAAGUCCCAUGAACAUUCUGGAUACUGAGGUUCAUAGUAGGACGCUGCUGGCUCAGACUAGGCAAAGUGAAAUUGAAAGAAGGGCUUGUAGGCUUCGGAAAAGACUCGAAGUUGUUCAGGCAAAGCAGGUGGAGCGUCACGUCCAACAGCAACUUGGAGGAUUUGUGGACAAAACUGUACACAGACUUCCCAAUUUUGACUGUCUGAAACGUCAGGAUGGGUCACUGCGAAAUCAGCAGUUGGCUUUCACUUGUAAAUCAGAUUCUACCUCACGCAAGGGAGGUGAAAAUGUUUCGGAAACAUUGGCAAACUUCUUUAAGAGCAGUUCAGUGUCUAAAGGGAUUGAAAAAUUUGUUUCAAGCUCUGACUCAAAGCUACGGUUCAGUGAGAAUGCGUUUGAUUCGGAUGUUACAGAGAGCAGUUCUGGUGGCGAAUCUGACACUGAAGAGGAAUUAUUUGCCAAAGUGGGAAUGGAGCAGUAUCAGGCACCUGUUUGGCAACGUCCAGAAUGGCGAUGGGCAAUUGAACGGGCUGCUAUUGUGAGUCGUUGGAACUGGCUGCAGGCUCACGUAUCCGAUUUAGAGUAUCGCAUCCGCCAACAGACAGACAUUUAUCGACAAAUCCGUGCCAAUAAGGGUUCAGUUGUUCUUGGAGAUUCUCCAGCCUCAGAAGAUUUAAGUCGGCUGCAAGUAGGCUCCCCAGAGAGUGGUACUUCUCCACCUCAAACUGAAAUGAAAGCUAAUGGUGCUGGUGUCAAGCUUGAGAUGCCAGUCUGCAGUCAUUCUUCACUGCCAAAAAUUGUGGGUAAACAGAUUAUUCCCCCUAUUGACCCUCUAGAAAGUGUGACAUCUUGUUCCACAUCAACUGAAUCUGUACCAACAAAGCCCUGCAGUAACCUUAAGCCUGUCAAUGGAGUGGUCAACAGUGUUCACAGUUUACUCCCAGACAACAGUUCCACCGAUAGUUCAGAUGCUGAAGAACUACUGAAUAAAAAGCAGAGGUUGAAUAUGCUGCCUGUCCCACCUGAUAGCACCUGCAUUGCAGCUCGAGUUCGUCCAUUGUUGACCUGUAAAAAGCGGAGGCUUAUCAGACCCAACAACAUUCAACCGCUGACCCGGAAGACCCAGCGUCCUCUUGCAGUGCGAUGUAACUGUGAUGUCACAACUUCUUGCAUUAUGUGUGGAUCCAAGAAUUCAGAGUCAUUUGAGAAUUGCUAUGACAUGCCCAUGUCAGAGCGGCUUGCGCUGUUGGACCCCUGUCUCCACCCGGUCCUUUCAAUUUCUGAUGACAUUCCACUGAGCAUGCACUUCCAACCUGUUCUAAAAGGUCAUUGGCAAAAUAAGUCACUGGACAAGAACAAAACCUCCAAGAAGCUCUCGCUGAAACACAAAGGCUUAUUAACGGCCAAUUUGCCAGAUCCAUCCCGCAGAGCACGGCAAAAACUGACCAACUCAGUAAUCAGCUCAGACAAAUAUGCUCACAAUAAGAAUCGUACGGAGAAGCCAUUUAAACAGCACUUCGACGAUUUACUAUCAGUGUCUAAACUGGAGAGUACGCCAGUACAGGAAAAAUUCCUGAACAAGAAACGACAGCGAGAGCUUUCAGCAGAACUAACUGAAGCAAGACAGGCCCUGUCAGACAUGGGGAGUUCUUACAGUUCCACAAUUGGCUCUCACAACACAGUUCAUAGCCCAUUGCUGCGGCAAUUGUCCACUUCAUCUGAGAGCUCUGCACCAACCACAACCAACACACAGAGUGUGGCAUCUGCAUUGCAGACAGCCAGGAGGAAAAGGACAGAAAAUUCCUUUGACAUAAACAAUAUUGUGAUCCCAAUGUCAGUUGCUGCAACAACUCGUGUAGAGAAGCUUCAGUACAAGGAAAUCCUGACACCAAGUUGGCGUGUUGUGGAUGUAAAAGCUGAUUUUAAAAAUCACAGACUCCGUGAAGAAGACCACGAGGAGAUGGAGGAUUUUUCAGAUGCAAUAUUUGCAGCUCGACACGCGAAGUAUGAGGAGUUUGAGCGUUUGCGGUGGACAACAUGGUCAGCCUCUCCAGUCAGUGCACAGAGGCGAGGAAGCAGAUCUCACAAAUCAACAGAUGAACAUUCCACCUCUCAGCCCGGUAAUACAAAUCCUUCGACCCCUCAAUCUGCUUCCCCCGAUGUGAGCUUCCACAGUAUUGGAGACUUGCCCCUCACACCUUCACCUUGCAGUCCCUCGGCACCUCCUGUCAGUCCGGAUACAUUUUGUUCCUCUCUUUCUCGAGAGAGCGCUGGACGGGUUUCAAAUGAGGAUACACGCUGUUCAACCCCAGAUAUUGGUCAAGAAGAACAGACAGUUCAACCAUGGGAGAAGCGAACGUUUCCACUGGCAUGUAUUCCUGGGACUGAACGUGAGGGUCGAGUUGAAACCAGCCACAGACAGACCAGAAACAGCCGCCGAUCAUCUGGGAGUACGAGUAGAGGAAGCAGAGAGGCAGAAAGUAGUGCACUAUCCUCAGUUCACCAUGAUGAUAAACAGAGACAUUCUGUACCUCUGCGGCUCACGCACAGAUAAACAAACUUUAGUGACAAUUACACUUUGUCUCAACGUUUGAUAUUCAAACAUCACCCAAACAAAAUUCACAGUUUUUAGUGAAUUUAGACUCCAUUUAAGUAGCUUUCUUAGAUUAAAUUUUUUGUCACCGGCCACAGUUAUCACAAUGAAGAGGUUAGUUCGGUUAAGUUAGAUUCUAGGGCAAAAGCUGGAUUGACUGAUAUUUCAGGUAUUGGACUGUAUCAGUAGACUUGUAAACGAAGUUGCUAACUUCAUUCGGUUGCGUGUAGUGAUUAUUGAUCUCUUAAAUCAACAGUGGAGCGUGCACACAAUGUUCAAAAGCAGUCCUGUUUUGUGUUCAUUUUUUUGUUCUGGUUUUGCCAUUUUCCUGUCAGACUGAGAUGACUAAAUGUUUCACUCUUAAGAAAACUGCGUUACUUUCUAAAAUAACAGCAAAAAAACUCUGGAGAAACUCAGCAGGUCUGACAGCAUCUGUGGAGACAGAAAGAGAGUUGAUGUUUCAAGUCCAAUAUGAGACUCCUUCAGAACCUGAAUUUGAAUGAUAUUGGACUUGAAAUGUUAAUUCUCUUUCUGUCUCAACAAAGGAUGUGAGACUUGCUGAGUUUCAUUCAGCAUGAUCUGUUUUUAUUUCACAUUUCCAACAUUUGCAGUAUUUUACUUUUAUUUGAAUGCAUCACUCCCUAUUUUGAGUUUUGGCAUGAGCAAUUACCAAAGUGCAGAGAGGACAGCAUCUGCAUCCUGGGGAUUUAAUCCAAUCAAAUCCCGUCAAUUUGAAUUGAAUUUAUUAUGAACUUGGUGAGUUGCUGAGUGUUGUGGUCGUAAGCACAUCCUGAGCUAACUGGGUUCAAAGGAGGAAGCAGAUUGCUCUGUGGUUGCGAAUAUAAUGGAGAAUUGGAUCCCUUCUGCUUACUGUCCUUUACUGGUUUCUGCAUUUUGCUUUGAAACAACUGCAGAGUGGCAGCUGGGAUCAGAUGUUUGAUUAAGAAUUGGCAAUCUUGGAGAGUUGUUGAAUUUGUGAUCAAAUCCCAGUGGGGUUAGCAUUUUAUGUCCAUCUUGGGUGCAUGCGGGAGCAAGGCUGAAACGGCAGUAAAAAUACAAAUAUCAUUCCAUUUGUAGCUUCACAGUGGGUCUUCUCUUUACACACCUCAGAACCUUUGUGGCUGCUUCACAUCCGUUAUGAUAAAGGUGGUGACAGCUCCGCCUUUAUGUGAUGAUGAGGGCAGUUUUGCUGCUUGUGCUUAUGUUCUAAAUGCAGAUUAUAUACAAACAAAACACAAGCAAAACCAUCAAUAGUCAAGCAUUCAGAUUAACAUCUAUUCCAAUCUAAGUUACAGUUAGAUAAACUGACAGUGGAUUUCUUGCUGAAAUAUUCAAAAAUUUAAUUUUCUCUGUGGUUGCAGUCUGCUUCAGUUGUCAGGCAGUUACUUCAACACUUGUUCAGGAUAUUAAGCUAAGCUGAGUCAAAUACAGCGCAGGAAUGUAGGGCUCCAGAAAUUUAUGAACAAUAGUUUGAUUGCACUUCUGUACAAAACUAGGCCCAAUUUAGGAAUGCGCAGAGUAUUGCUGCACCAAGCCUAUACCAUAAAGUAAUACUCUAAAACAAAGAGUGAAAAAGCAUUGGAAAUACACAGCAGGCCAGACUGCGCCAAAUGAGAAGAGGCUGGUUGUUUUAGCUGGAGAUCUGUCCUAAUAGCUCCCUCAAAACAAUCAUCUUCAAAGUCUUCAGUAUCAAUUCUCUACCUCAUUCUUCAACCACCCGCCUGACCUGAUGAUCACUGAGACAGCAUUUGAAACUCCGCCAGCACUGCCAAUUCUGUGAAAAGAUUGUUGUGAUAUUUACUGGAAGCCAAGGUGAAUGGAGGACACUCCAAUCAUGCAGGAUUGCUCUCUCUGAUCACCUCCUUUUCAACAACAGAAAUAUCCUUACUCCUAGAUAAGAUUUAUGGAUGUUGGAGAAGUCCCGAUCUUAAUUGCUACCUUAAGCAUCCGUGUUUUGCAUGUUGUGGUAAUACAGAUCUCUGUUAACUGUACUACACCUUGAUGUGUGAUAUUGUGAACUAAGGACAUAAAAUCAUAAAGAAAGGUGAGCAUUGAAUUGCACUGGAAGUGGGACUUAUUACCACUAAACCAGUCAUUUGAGAGAAGAAUAUCCACACCACCACCCACUGCUUGGAGCAUAUUAAGUGUUAAUCUGCAGGAUUAGAUCAUUCUUUAAAAAUAGGUAAUCAGGAAAACAAGUCUGCAUGCUGCAGAUGAAUCCCUUGCUCAUCUCCUAUUAAUGUGGCUGCAUUCUGUUCCUGAGGCUGCUAGUGGCAAGCAGCAAUAAAAGCCAUGCUCCCAAAAUAAAUUAUGAAGAGCAGAUGUCCAAUAUCUGAUCAUUUACUUAGAGAUAACUGCAAUACGAUAUGGCAGCCUGCUGCGCUGCUUAAUUUGAACUAGUUCUGUAUAAUGUAUUCCCACUUCAUUAAACUGGGAGACAAGGGUAGAGGACUAGAUGCAUUGCCUUCCAUUGAGAUGGAGACAAACAAGGGUAUUAACUGUCUGAAACUAGUUGGCCCACAACCUGCUGGUUCAGUCCACUGGGUGGAGGGAAGAGAAAGAGAACUCGUGCUCCACAACAUGGUAAUGAAGAGCAUGGUGUGUGUACACUCUGGUGCAGUUUCUUCUAGUCCAGUCUGAAUUGCCUCUGUGAGCUACCUAUACUCAGUAUAUCAAUUGAUUUGAGCCAACCUUCUGACCAAUUCCACAACUGUGGUAAUAUUUUAAAUGUGCAUUUAACCAAAACACUCUUAGUUUUUGAAAUUAGAAAAUGGUGGAGGAUUUAUAUUAGAUAAUUGAGGGUUUUCAAAAUAGCAAAGCCAAAUUAGAAAAUAAAAUCUGUUGUGGUCUAUGGUUUGCCAAAGAAAUUACUUUUGUUAAACCUUAAUCAGACGUGGGUCUUGUUAGGGUUGAAUAGUGACAUUCAGCAACCAACUACUGCUUUGUUUUCUGGACAGUGUUGAAGUUCCUUAGUUUUAUACAGUUUCCUGAGAGUGACUGUAUCAUACAUAAGUAUCACGUGCAAGUGAAUGAUCAAUAAUCCCAGAUGCUUUAUCUCUGUUCUAUAGCACUGCUAAGUGUAGGUUUGAACAGAAUGAAUCUAGAUCAGUAUUAACCUAUAUUUAGGCUUCAACUAAUGUUCCUAUUUUCUCAAUACUUGGCAUUGCAGAACAUCAAAAUAGUUCGAUGAAAAGCACAGCAGAUUUUCUCAUUCACUCAAAAGCUAAAUGUAUCUUAACUAUUGACAAUAUCACCCUGACAUGAAACAGCCUGUAAGCAUAAACCAUGCUGUUUGCAUUUGGUAUCCUUGGCUUCAAACUGAAAUCCUGUGACCUAAAAAAAAACUGGUAUUUGUAACCAAAACAGUGCAUUCAGACUCCGUGAAUUAAUAUGGCCACAGUCCUAGGUGUUAGUCCUUUUUGGCCUCAUGACAGUAAUGCUUGAUGCAUCCAGCAAUUGCACUCCAAAACCAGCUUGUUCAAUGGCUAUAAUAGUUAGUUUUAAUUGAAACAAUUGAUUAACCUGUGCAUACUUUUGCCCUGGCUACAUCACAUUGGAUGUCCAUUCACCCAGUGAUGGUUAUCCCCCUUUGUACUUCCAAUCAGUUAGUCCAGCUGGUAAUCCAAAGUAAUUUCACAUUUUGUUGAAAUAUGUGCAUUCAUGAGUCUUCUCGUGCUUGAAUUCGUUCAGAGUCACUAUUCGCUUCCCAGUCUUGGAAUAGUAUUGCUUUCUGAUCAUGUGUUGUUGUCUUUUAUUCUAAGCAAUCUGUUUUCAGAUAAUUUAAAGAGCAGUGGGUAGAUUAAUACCUCAAACAGGUUUUGUAUAUAGCCUGUUUCUAGAAUGUUGGAAAUACAUUAGAAGCAGCCUGCUGUCGAAGUAGCAUUAUGGCACAGAAGGAGGUCAUUCAGCCAUUGAAUCCAUACUGGCAAAGUAGAGAAGUGACAAAGUAGUGAAGAGGAAAUGUUUGUGUGCAAGGACCCACCUGAAUCUCCAUUCCCACCCAAACUUGUUUUUAAACUUACAGUAUUAGAACAUGUUGAUUUGAAUUUGUCUAUUGAUCACCCUGCCAUGUUGAGGCCUGGUUGCCUAAUGCGCUCUCACCCGUGUAUUAAGGGAUGGCAGAGUCGGUUGUGGUAACCCUUGGGUUAAAUUCAUGUUUCAUAAGGAAGUGAUACUUGAUAUUUGUGCUGCAAGUACAAUGCAGCUUUCUCCACAUAUGACAUGCCCUAUCAUUCUGAAAAUCGUUUGAACUAUCCUUCAUUUGUACCUGUUUCUUCCCUUGUGAUGUCAAAAGCUAGUUCACUGUUAGCUUUGUGCCUGUCUGUAUAUUUCCAUCUCAGUCAUUGAAGUGUAAAAAAAUCAAUUUUUUUGAUCUUUUAUAUACAUAAAUAAAAAUUGUAGCUGACUGCUUCGAUUGUAGCACCCUUUAGCCUUGUAAAAAUGUUCUAUUUUGUAUAUAUUUUCUCUUUUUGAAAGCUGUGUAUGGAGGUAUGGGCUCUUGUCCUUGCUGUAUAGAGGCUUUUCUUCAUGCAGAGAAGCAGUGACUUUAUGACUUAAUCAACCCUAAUGUUAAGCACAAUCUGUGCUUAUAAAAAGUUUAAAAAUUUUAAAAAUAUUAAAAAAAGUUGAAGACUUUCUGGA